ACGGAAUCAUUUGAAUCUCUGAACACAAAUCAUCCAUAACCGGCACACAGUACUUAGUGCUUUUGUAUUGGUUAAACUGAGUAGUUGAUAAAAUUGUAUUUAUUAUAGCUAUUUAUCUAUAGAACUACAAUAAUUAUAGCGUGGUUAAUAUCUGAUCAUGGGUCGGAUAUUAGCUAUUUUAGUCCUGGUUUGCGUGUACGCGGCCAAUGCACAGUAUGUGAAGUCAGUUAAAGGUGGUCACCAAGGCGGAUAUUAUCGUCAAUACAAUCCUGGAGCUAAACUACCUGACUUUCACGGUAACUCAACACAAGGAGGUUUUAGCUCUCAAAAUAGAACACAAAUGCACGUCAACUAUGAUAUAGGUGUUUGUUAUACAGAAGUACCUACUGCCAGUUUAGUUCACAGUCAAGCCCAUAUCCCUGUUGGAAACGGUUCACGCCCAGAACUAAGCCGUAUCCGAUCAUGUUGUCAAGGCUACAUAAGAAAUAUCCAUAACUUCUGGAUUUGUGAUCCAGUUUGCACACAGGAGUGUGUGAAUGCUCUAUGUACAGCUCCAGAUACCUGCUCCUGUUUCCCGGAUCACGUGAAAAAUCUUGCGGGUUUCUGCAUCCCAACAUGUCCCAUUGGCUGCCAGAAUGGCCAAUGCGCUGGCGGAGAAUGCUUAUGCAAGGAAGGCUUUGCUUUAGACUCUGAGAGCAAAUAUUGUUUCCCUUCAUGUAAAGAAAAUUGUGGAGGAAUUGGAAAUUGCACCGCACCGAACAUCUGUGACUGUAGGAAAGGGUAUCAUUCAACACCAACUGGAAACUGCAAGCCUGUGUGUGAAAAAUGUGAAAACGGCGAUUGUGUGGCGCCUAAUGAGUGCCGAUGCAAACAUGGUUACGAGAGAAACCCACAAUCUGUUUGCGCACCUCAAUGCCCUCAAAAUUGUGCACCUAAUGGCAAAUGCGUUGCACCGGGUAAAUGUGAAUACCCUGAAACAACCACCCCAUUAAUAUCGCCGACCUUCCGACCCUCACCUAACAUUCCACUUUAUCCUGGUAAUCAAGUUUAUGCUGGUAACAAUACCAAACCAGGGAAUUAUUCAGGUCCUUAUCCCGGACACCAAUCAGGAUAUCCGGGGCAAUCGGGCCAAUCGGGUUAUCUAGGGCACUCAGGUCAGCCUGGAGAAUCCAGAUAUCCGGAACAAACAGGUUAUCCAGGGCAGUCAGGACAACCAGGACAAACAGGAUAUCCGGGGCAACCGGGCCAAUCGGGUUAUCUAGGGCACUCAGGUCAGCCUGAAGAAUCCAGAUAUCCAGAACAAACAGGUUAUCCAGGGCAGUCAGGUCAACCAGGACAAACAGGAUAUCCGGGACAAGCAGGUCAGCCUGUACAACCAGGAUAUCCAAACCAAUAUCCCAGAUAUCCCAGUCAGUCAGGACACUCCAACCAAUAUCAACCUGAGCCCCAGAGCGCUGGCCAAGGCAACCAAGGAUAUGCUAACCAAAACCACGCCUAUCCCCCUAGUUCAGGGCUUUCCGGAAACCAAGUUAACACAGGCUUACAAGGUCAACAAUUGUAUCCUGAUAUUCAGCAGUAUAACCAAGAAUAUGAACCGGAUUGCUUGCGGCAAUGCGUUAAUGGAUUCUGUGUAGAGGGAAAUAAAUGUCAAUGCAACAAAGGCUUUUUACUGGAUAAAAGUGACCCCACCGAGUCGAGAUGUAUACCUCAUUGUGCUGGCGGCUGUUUGAAUGGUGUAUGUUCAGCACCCAACUUCUGUAUUUGCAACAUGGGCUAUUACAAGGAUCACAGCGUGAAAGGAAGGCCACAAUGUGUAAAAAGGAAUAAAAGAUCUGUAGAAAAAACACCAAACACUGCCGAAUUUCUUGUUUUUGAUUUUCCGGAAAUGAUCUAAUAUAUUUUUUCUAAUGAUUCAUGUCUAAAUGUACUUUUGUCUGAAAUGUAAUUUAUUAUUGAAAUAAAAGAAUCAUAUUUUUUACAAUAUAAUAUAGGAUUGUAUGUUUUUUUUAUUAGUCAUAAAAGUUUUAUUUUUC